AUGCCGGCACCUCUAUUUAAGCGCUUCGUACCACCUCCUGCCCCGGUCAAGAAGCAGCCCUCGCCCGCUCCCAUACAAACGCACGCAGUCGCAAGGCCAAUCCAUGCGCCCGAGGAAGAGGUUGCAGCAGUCGACUCCCCCAAGCCAAGCAAAAAGCCCAAGAAAAGGAAGCGCGAAGCCGACGUCGCAAAUGAUCAAGAUGAAGAGGUUUCAAAGAAGCACAAGAAUAUCCUCUCCAAGUUUGAAAAGGCGGCAAAGCUAGCUGAAGCGAAGAACCAGCAAGGCGAGGAUGAGACUAUCGAAGAGGCUAAAGAGCAAGAGGUACUUCACGAUUUAGAGCCUAUGCCACAGCCCGCGCCAAUUCCCGAACCAGUCUACGAGCCGACCUUCUCCACCCUUCCUACAUGGCUCGCCCAACCUACCACGAUCGAAGCGUCCAAGACGGUACCAUUUUCAGAGCUUGGGGUUGAUCCCUUCUUCGCAAAGACGCUACAGAAGCAGGGAUUCAAGGAUGCUUUGGCGGUACAGACUGCGCUGGUACCUAUGCUGCACACAGGUUUCGAGCAGCACCUGGGUGAUAUCUGCGUCUCGGCAAAGACUGGCUCUGGAAAGACCUUAGCCUAUCUCCUCCCUAUAAUCGAGCAACUCAAAGACCGCACAGUGCCAGUCCUGUCUGCCAUCGUCGUAGUUCCUAGCCGACAGCUUGUCAACCAAGCGCUGCAAGUUGCCGAGGAACUAUGCUCAGGAACCAAGAUCAAGGUUGGAACAGCACUUGGCAACGUUGCAUUUGCUACAGAGCAAAAGCAGUUGAUCAAACUGAGGCCACAGUACGACCCCAGGAGAGCACGCGAGCUGAACGAGAAGGCGUUACGGCAAUAUCAAACAGGUUCCAUGGAAAGAAGAGGGCUAUAUGAGGACCUAAAGGGCCGACUGGUAGAGCACAUCGAGAACACUACCGGCUUUCUGUUAAACGCCGUGCGAUGGCUCGUUAUCGAUGAAGCCGACCAGCUGCUGAAUCAAAACUUCCAAGGCUGGGCGAAUGUGCUCAUGGACGCUCUCCAUGGCGAGACCCCCGUCGACUUGAUGAACGCCCAGGAACGGAUACAAAAGCGGGAGCGCGAUGCCAACUCUAUCUGGUCAAUUGCAUUACCAGCCCGUAGACAGCUCACAAAAGUGGUGCUUUCUGCGACAAUGGAGAAAGAUGUCACAAAGCUUGGAACACUGAGGUUGAAACGGCCAAAGUUGGUGGUCGUACAGGACGAAACCGCAGAGGUGCAGCCUCUAGACUAUGAAGAUGACGUCUUCGAGCUACCUUCGACGCUGGAAGAAUUCGCGGUCCAUGUGGGUGACGGUUCGAACAAGCCACUGCACCUGCUGUACAUACUACUCAACUAUGUUUUUCCUGGUAGUCAGACAGCAUCGGUCUCUUCAUCGGAUUCUUCUGCGUCAGAUUCAUCGUCAGAUUCUGACUCUGACUCUGGCGACACAUCGGUAUCACAACAAACAGGACGCGUGCUGAUCUUCACCAAGAGCACCGAGAAUGCGUCUCGCAAGCUGCUCAAGUCUUUCAGCUCAGGGGCCAUCAAGAUCUUAAUCGCCUCAGAUGCGGCCUCUCGUGGACUCGAUAUACCCGAUAUUAGCCAUGUCAUCAACUACGACUUGCCUACGAGCAUCACCAGCUAUGUUCAUAGAGUGGGGCGGACAGCUCGGGCGGGCAAACCAGGAGAAGCCUGGACGCUCUUCACCAAAACCGAAGCUGCUUGGUUCUUGAAGCAAGUAGCCAAAGGAGACAGGAUAAAGCGUGGAAGCAAAAAGGUCAAGCGUAUGGAAUGGAAUGAGAGCACCGUAACGGCAGAGGGGAGGAAGAAGGCCUACCGGACAGCGCUGAAACAACUAGAGACUGCCGUCACGGGCAGCACCGAAACGCAGUAG